AUGUGCCCAAAACCUUGGCGAUACCAAUCAGCAGCAGAACUUCGCAACCAUCCUAUCCAGGCGGCAUACAAUUCAUAUGAAGGGGGUGGUUAUGCAGCUGUUAUGGGAUAUGACGAAACCACUGCACAAGGUGUCCUCGACGCAACUAUUGGCCUUGGUUGGCUUGAUCGCCAGACUCGAGUUGUAAUUCUAGAGUGUGCCGUUUUCAAUAUCAAUACAAACUUGAUUAGCGUUGCCACAUACUUUUACGAGGCCAUAGCUACUGGUGCAGCCUACACUACAAGGAGAAUUGAAACACUGGAGUUGUACAGCACUGAGUCAGGAGCUCUGAUGUUUUUCCUAAUUGGCCAGUUUCUGUUCAUGGCAAUGGUCCUCUUUUACUUCAUAGUAAUGUUAGUUCACCUUUAUCAACAACGCUUAGGUUUCUUCAAGUCUGUUUGGAACAUGGUGGAUUUCUUUAUGAUUAUUUUCUCUGUAGCCUCUGUAGCAUUUUACAUGAUCAGAGCUAAAAGCGUUUUGAACACUAUCAAAUCUAUUCAAGCCAAUCCAUAUGAAAUCGUGCAUUUCCACACAGCCCUGGAUUGGCUUAAUCUGGAAAAUGCGUCUAUUGCUUUGGCUGUUUUCUUGGUGACAGUCAAGCUUCUAAAUCUAAUCCGUUUUAACCCACACGUAAUAUACUUGUUUUCGUCUUUUCGGCAAUCUAUAGGCUAUCAACUCUCCUAUGUGCUCUUUUUCCUGAUCGUGUUUAAUGCAUUUGUUGUAACAGGCAUGCAGUUUUUUGGUGGUGUAGUAUUAGAAUAUUCCAGUUACCUCGAUGCAGUCAUGUCUCAGUUCGAAUUCCUGUUGGGAAAAGCAGUCCCAGUGGACGCUCUUCGAAGGGACAGACCCUUCAUUGGGCCGACUUUUGCGUUUUUGUUUUGUAUAUCCACAAAUAUAUUUCUUAUGAAUAUGCUUGUUUCUGUCCUCAACGAAUCAUACGGUGACGCAAAAUCAAACGCAGAGGAAAAUGCAAAAGAGCUUGAAAUGGCACGUUUUAUUGAGGAGCGUCUAAUGAACGUUUUCCACGAGGGAAGUAAUCAGACUGAGUUUAAGUUGUUUUGCGAUGAGACAAUAUUCGUCAACAUGUGCCUUUCUGAAGCAGAGCCAUUCUGUUUGAAUUCUGAAUGUAUUGUCCAGUGUACAGAGGAACGAAUGCUAAAUUUGGAAAAAAGACUAAUCGUUCUCGCUCGACGAACAGAGUACAUGGAAGCUGAUUAUUUGCGAGAGGAAAAUGACUUAACUGACCUGUUGUUAUUAAUGAUAAAUCCUUCGGUGCGUGAUUCGGAAAAGAAAUCAAAAGAUCAUUUCUAA